AUGACGGAACCACUUUCCAAGGUCGACUCAGCUGUCCAAGGUCUCUCAAGCUCACCCCCCAAGGAGGAGAAGAAGACGCGGCGACAAAGUUCAGCAGCAGCACCUGGUGUCUACAACGUCAAUGACCUCGAGGCCGAGGGAAUUGAACUUGAGCUCGCCCCCGAGACUCAAAAGACUGGAUGGAAAAUCAACAAGAGCUCUAGCACAGUAGAGGAUGCUGCUAUCCUCAAGCUUCACCUCACGAAACCGCCUGUCAAGAGAAUUACCCUUCACUUCCCAUUAGGAAUGGAGGUGCAGGCACGAAAUCUCAAGGGUGUAACAAUCAAGGAUGCCCUUGAUGCCAUCCACAAGCCGUACAAGAAGCGGGCCGAUGAUGAGCUCGACAAGCCCUACCUCGCUGGUUUCGAGUGGGACAAGGAAGAGUCAUGGACCCGACUUAUUGUUCACACCCAGGCUCAGCCCACAUCCACAACAUUGGACGGCCCUUCGGGUGGCGGCGGCAAGAAGAAGAAGAACAAGAAGAACGAGGAAUAA